AUGCGAUUGUCAUUCCUAGCCCAGGUCCUUUUGACCUCAACAACCUUCGCCCUGGAUGAAUCGCUCGGCUCCACCCUGAACGUGACGGUGCUCGGUGCAAGCCACAAUCGCUCCACACUGGAGUGUUGGGCUCUCAAGUCUGGCUGGCAGACCUCUGCCGAACCCGGUACAUCCGGUUCGUCAGUUCUGGACCUGGGUGCGAUCACUGGUAAUGCGACAUUUACCACUUUGCCAGCCGGCUUUGAUGGUGGCAGACAUAACGCGCCGGCUUUGCAGUGGGUGGUGUUCCUAUCUGGACUGGCGCAUAUCACACUACCCAACUCGACAACCGAAGCUCGGGUAGAGGGUGGUAAGAACGGGGCUAUUCUGGCGCUUGACACUGCCGAUGUCAGUGCCUUGGGUCACUACACCACUUAUCCCUCGCAGGAGCGGACGGUCGCUCUGGAGAUCCCCCUCCCCAAGGGAGAGGUGCCUGGUCAUCGGGUUCUGCACACAGGGCCCUGUCAGGGAGAUGAGCUACUUGUGUAG